GUCAGCGCUCUGUUUUCACUUUCCACUCCCGCUCUUCCUGCUUCCACUCAUGCCCUGCCAAAAAUAAUCAUUUAAAUAAGGGUUAGUAGGGUUGUCAGUUUCUAAGCAACACGUACACACCAGGCGCGCGCACACACACACACACCUGCGUCAUUUCCUUCACGCAGACGGUCUGAGAGCAUCCAGUCGAGCUCUGACCGCCAGUUGCGCGCAGAGAAGGAUCCGACACACUCUGGAGUUUGUCCUGUGGACAGAGUACACACGGAGGAGGCUGUGUAUUAUUUUUAAGGUACCGUUUUAUGGUUUACAGUGAUAAAAAAGAGCGCGCCACAGAUUUAAAUCCGCGAGCUUUCCGACAUUAUACCGGACACCGAAUACUUGAGGCUCGUCCCGCUGAAGGCAGCGUCUGUUGUACAUGGCAUAAAAAAAGAGACAGCGAGACGCAAAGAACAUUUAUGCUUUGUUCAGUGCGAGACGGACGCAGGCACCGAGUGAAGAUUGCUUGUUUCGGGCUGACACAACGUGUGCGGCGCACCGCAGCGCCGUUACGCGCGCAGAUCAGCGGUCACCUGUUGAAGUUGCCCGAUGCGCGGCGAGCUUCGUCACGUCUUGCCUUUUAUAAAACGGGAGGAUCGAGCUGAAGAUCACUUUGACAAAUGUCCGAUCCGUCCUCCGGUCUGUAUGAUGCUCUGGUCCCCCGUUAUGUUGUAGGAUGAGCGCUGAUCUGGAGGGCGUUUCGCUCAACACAUCGGUGAACUCAACCGGCUCGGGCGGCCGUGCGCUCUCGGCGAACGUCCGGCGACUUCACAACGCGCUCAACCUGCUGCUCAGCGACCCGGAGAGAGAGCAGUUCAUCCACUGUCUCAAUGUGUACCACGCCAAGCGCAACGUCUACGACCUGGUCCAAACUCUCAGAGUGAUUCUCGACACGCCCGGCAAACGACAGCUGCUGCCCAUGCUCCGCCUGGUCAUCCCGAGGUCCGACCAGCUGCUGUUCGACCAGUACACGUCCGAGGGACUCUACCUGAAGACGGACCUGCUCACCAGCAACGGCAGCGCGGAGGGCUUUGGAGAGGAGGGCGACUCAACCCUGCAGAAGUAUGUCAGCUCCGUCCACGUGCAGCCCCCCGUCACCUCCGCCUGUCCGGACGGGUUCUCCGCCGGCGCAAAGCUGCCAGCCCCCGUGGCCCAGCCGCUCUUUGAGAGCUCUUUUGGAGAGGUGCGCCAAGUCACCUUGACGCGCUCCAGGAGCCACGAGGGUCUGGGUUUCAGCAUCCGCGGGGGAUCGGAGCACGGCGUGGGGAUCUACGUGUCCCUGGUGGAGCCGGGCUCGUCGGCCGAGAGGGAGGGACUGAGGGUCGGGGACCAGAUCGUGACGGUGAACGACUUCAUGUUUGAAAAUGUGACUCACAUAGAGGCGGUCAAGGUGCUGAAGGGAUGUAAGAAGCUAGCCAUGUCAGUGUGUUCUAUGGGUCGGAUUCCUGGAGGCUACAUCACCAACCACAUAUACAGCUGGGUGGACCCACAGGGCCGGAGUGUGUCCCCACCGCCAGACAGCCAUGAAGCAAACCAGAGGCAAGGGCACAGCAUGGACGAGAGGACGGUAAACCUGAAUAUGGAUGACGGUCGCUCUCUGGGCCUAAUGAUCAGGGGGGGUGCUGAGUAUGGACUGGGGAUCUACAUCACUGGAGUGGACCCUGGAUCUGCUGCAGACGCUGGUGCACUAAAGGUGGGUGACCAGAUCAUGGAAGUGAAUGGCCAGAGCUUUGCCACCAUCUCUCAUGAUGAGGCAGUACACAUCCUCAAAACAGGGCGCCACCUGCUGAUGAAGGUGAGGGACGUGGGUCGCCUGCCUCAUGCACGCACAGUGGUGGAUGAGACCAAAUGGAUCUGCAGCCAAGCCAUAGCUGAAACCAACGCUACAGCUAACCCAAGUUCUGUCACCAACCCUAAUGUCAGUGCUGCCAUCCACGCUGGUGUCAGUUCCACUGCCUGCAGCUCAAGACCAUCCUCAGCCCGAGCUACACCUGUAUUAGGACAGUCAGCAGUAUGCCGAGGUGUGGGCCCUCCAGGUGCUCAGGUGUCUCUGGAGCAGCAGGCCUACAUGCUGUUGACGGAGCCAGAGAGGCAGACCAUGGCCUACUACCUCCAGGAGUACCAGGAGGGACACAUAGGAGUGGAGCCGCUGGCUAUGGCUCUGUUUGAGCUCUUCAACACACAUGCAAAGUUGUCCAUGUUGUCUGAGGUGAGGAGUCUGGUGGCUGCCCAGGAUCUGGAUUUGUACGACAGGCUGGUGGUGCACCAUCAGAGGGAGGCCCACCAAUCCUGGCAUGGAGGCCUGGGAGUGCUGCAUCCAGAGGGCCUCUGCAACCACACAGCCCCCGUGAUCCAUGAUGCAGGACACACAGUCCCUGCUACGACUGACGGCUCUGUUGGUGUUUGGACAGAGAAAGAGCAGGAGGAGAACACAAAAGCCUUACACAACAGUGCACUGGAUGAGAUGCGGGCUUCAGCUGAAUCGCCUCCACCCUUCAGAGCUGUUCCUCUGCAGGCUCAGAGCAGGCUGUCCAGAGAGAAGGAGCUCAGCCGGAAGCCUGCAGCACGGCUGGUGCAGCCUGGCUCCAGCCUGCUCUUCACCAGCCCCACUCGGCUGCUCCACGACUGCCUCCACAAGUCGCUCAAAUCCCUCCCCACCAUCAACCCGCCCUCACCAGCCUCUGUUCACCACACUUGCACUGGUGCUACCCUCCAUACUUCCCUCAAUGCGCUCCAUCACACCUGCCAGAGUUCCCUCCAGCUCUCCAGCUCUGAACAGCACAACCACCCCCAUUAUGCUCAUCACUUCCACCACCAAGCUGCUCACCACAGUCGGCCCAGUUCUGGACACCACACCUGCCCUGGUUUCCUGCACCACCGGGACUCAUCCAGCUCUGCUAAGCCAGAGGCAUUUAUCAAGCUCUCUUCCAGAUCCAGCUCCUAUGAGAAGUCCUCCAUCUUGUCGAAGUCUGCGGGCUCUUCCAAGGCGGCAUCUCCCAUGCCAUCCCCUUACCCAUCACCCCAUCCCUCACCAUGUGCCUCCCCCUGCCCCACUCUCAUCACACCUGCUGCUCCACCCUGUAGUCCUGACCGACCCUGCUCACCUGCUCUCUCCCAGAAAGUCAUCAUAACAGACAUGAACCGGCUGUCUGCAGACUCCAGACCACAGCAGCGAGGGGCCACCCUGUCCCAGCUGUCAGACAGCGGCCAGACCCUGAGUGAGGACAGCGGGGUGGACAUAGCCGAGGCAGGAGGCCUCAGUAAGGACGGCAGCCCUCGACCCAGCAAGAACCAGCAGGGCCAUCUGGAACAGCCAGGGGCCCACGCACCUCCCCCAGGGGCCACCAGACAGACAGGCUCACCAGUCCCAGUUCUCAGUGCUACCCUGGUACAAGUGGUGAAAAAUGCCAACACCCUUGGCAUUGCUAUCGAAGGGGGAGCCAACACACGGCAGCCUUUGCCACGAAUAGUCACCAUUCAGAAAGGAGGAUCGGCUCACAACUGCGGCCAGCUGAAGGUGGGUCACAUCAUCCUGGAGGUCAACGGCAUUUCCCUGAGAGGUAGGGAGCACAAGGAUGCUGCUCGGAUCAUUGCUGAGGCCUUCAAGACCAAAGAGAAGGACCACAUUGACUUCCUGGUGGUUGAACCACGACUCUAGUAUGAGGACUGUGCAUUUUAUGCAGCUUAGUAUGGGUAGACACAGUUUUACUGCUUUGAGGGAAUCAUAUGAACUAAACCACAUGAUGUUGUCCUAUAAUAAUGGCCCUCAUUUUAAUUUCAGGGAAAGGAUUUAUGGAAACAUGUGUCAGGUAUUUGUUGAUUGCACACAGUGAUUUGGAAUAGUCAGAUUUAAAAAAGGAUAUUGUAUUGCCAUAAAUGUCAUACCUGGGUCAAAUAUUGUUUGCAUUUGUUUAUUCAAUAUUGAUUCUGUUUCCUUAGUUUUCAAGCUCUAAAGUUAGUACUGUAUAUCAUACUGUGAUCUUUGGACACAAAGUCAGACAGGGCAAGAAACAUGACCGCAAGCAAGCACUUCAUCCAGAUUAGCUGAAGUGACCACUCACGAGACAACAUUAAAAGUCCCUUGUGCCCUGUCAUGUACACAACUAUGAUAUGACGAUUACUAUAAUGGAAACUCUUUUAAACUCAAACAAAAGUGCUACUGAACUUUUCACACUGCUUGAACGAGACGAACGAAAAGUUUUAACAAGCUGGUGUCGGUAACAUAGGGGCCUGUCACAACAUCGCACUUGACAAAGGGAGAAAAUUGGCGUGUCCACCCAGGGGUCCAUUAAAAAUGUGGUAUUUCACCUGGAUGGGGGUUUGCAGGCUGUAGCAGUGUGCUAUUUGACUCAGUGACUGUCUCAGCCCACGGUUUUGACUCUAUGUGUCUCCUCUGUGGUUAGUAGAGGUGUGGAAAAAUCUUAAUCAUAAGAUGCAUCACAGAAGAACGUUGUAGAUUAUGCAUCGAUGCAGAGACAGAGCAUAAUUGACAGUCUGCAGCUCAUGGUGAUCGUUGAUUGUCUGGCCUCUGUUGGGCAAUAAAAUUAUGUUGCAAUGUUGCUCCCAUGCUUUGAACUGUGGGUGGACAGUAGGCUAAUGUUACUUAUGUAGGAGGAAAGUCGGAAGGAGGCAGUGAUUAAAAAAUUUACUUUUUUUUUUUUUUUUUUAAAUGGACACUUAGGGUAUUUUAUGAACUUGCAGGGAAGCACGAACUGGACGCGACACAUGCUGAGUGAUUUUCAUCUGGAGCUAACAUCUGCAGCCAUAAAUAAUACAUGUUACAGCAAGCCCAGCUCAUCAGCCAAGAUCUGAGGAGCUGCUGUCAACUUUGCUGUCCAACUCUUAAAGAGUUAAGAAAUGCUUUAUCUCAAAGCUGCCAAGUGAGAGCACUAUUAUUGUAGAUUACAACAGACAUGAAUGGCACUGCAGAUGUAUUUUGUUUUUGUAAUGUUUAUGUAUUGAAAAGAUGAGGCUUUUAUUUUGUAGGCUGCUGUAGUCUGACUGUUGGAAGGACUUACUGAUAAAAAGGGGAGUUAAAUCAUAAAAAGUAAGUAAUAUAGAUAAUUGAGGAUGCCAUCCGCUGAGAUGCAUCGAGAAUUUUUUAUUUUUUUUUCUCAAGUCAGUGACAGCUGAAUCGCAAUCAAAUCGAAUUGUGAGGCCAGUGAAGAUUCACACCUCUAGUGGUCAGACGUUUUACUCGUGGACUCACUGAGUUUAUCUUUUUCAGGUAUUUAAAAGGAUAUUUUCAGUUUUCAUUCUCAGUUUAUUCAGGUUUGGGCAACAAAACUACCUGGUCAGAUUUUGGAAAAAGUCAAGGUUUGGAUUAAAAUAAUAAAUCAACAGGCAUCUUUUUGUGACCUGACUAGUCAUGAUCACAACAAUAAAAAUACUCUUUGUUCAUAGUUAUAAUUGACAAAACAUUCAAUGCAAAGUAGCACAUAAACUUAAGGCGCCACCCCCGGUAAGUUUUUAGUUAGUCACAUCCUCUCGAGUGACGUGUUUCCUUCACGGCUGACUGGCACCACAGCUGAUAAACACCCGAGACAUUGAGGUAGGAUUGAAUGUCAAUUGUACUCAGAUUAAAGACAAAAGCCAGGUGUUACUGUUUUUUUAGCCAUCGUGAAAGAGGUCAAAAAUAUUAACUGAGUGACUGUGGAUGUUCACCGAGUUAGAUGAAUGGCUAACAAAAGCUUAAACCAUUUUCCAGACUCAUAAGACUACCCGAGAUGAAAGUGUGCCUACUGUAUGUAAUUGUUCGGUGAUUAAAAUAUUUCAUUAUGUUAGCUUCCCUCUGUCACUGCUCAGUUUUCAACUUGAGUCAAUAAGACAAAUCUAAUUUUGAUUAGGCUGUCAGGCUCUGCCCAGCAGUGGUUUGAAAUUCCGGCACCUGACUGACCACAAGUUAAAUUCUCUGAGACAAAAAAAUAUUCUUGCAAAUAUUGUUUGAUACAUGGUUGGCAUCACUGAUCACACUGAUAUCUAGUGAAUGAAAACCAGCAUAUCUUGGCAGAACCAACCGACCCAAAUGUCCCAUUAGUCUGCCUUAGAAGACAAUUCAUAAGAGGAUUUAAGAUUCUUCAAUGGACUUGACAUUAAUCAACUAAUCACAUAUGGAAUUCAAACCUCCUCAAACUCAGUCCCUUUUCAAAGCGUAUAUAUGUUUAAUCCACUACAGUCAUUUUGUAUGCGUCCAUUUUGUACCAUCACUUCAGUAUUUUAGCCAUAUGUAAUCCAAUAGCUAUUGCAUAAACAUUAUCGAUAUGAUAGUGUAAAUAAUGUAGAUUGUUUAUUGUCCCUACAGGAAUAUAACUUUUUAUAAUGUUAAAUAGUUUACAGUAGCGUUUAAUAUUUUCCAAUCUUAUAAUACUUCUUCACCUCACUUACAUUUUCUUUCAUGUCCUCUGGGUGCAGGAUGUGCCAUGCUCCAUGUGAAACCACAUCCCAACACCUACACACGAGAGAUCAAUGAAGGUCCUAUAUAAAUUAGCAUACCCAUAUCCUGCACUCUGUGGGAUGCUGAUGAGGACUGAGACUUAGUAAUGAAUCAGUGGGCUGCUAAUGAACUGCACAGGAAACACUGAUCAGAUUGGAGUAUCCUAUUAUAAUUACUAAGGUGUGCACACACUGUGCGGAAUGGAAGCAGGAAGACAGACCCUCGUUCAUGUUUGUACAGAAGACCCGGUGACCAAGUGAGAAAGCCGUACUACUGGCUAACUGUGGGAGGUAACAAUAUGUCUUUCUAGCUCUAGUCAAAAAACCCAGCUGCCUAAGGAACAUUGAGUCAUAUUAAAAUGACACUGACUUGCCCGUUUAUUAGGUCAAGCCGGCUACAACAAAUGCAGCCUAUUGUGAUGUAACAGCCCUGCUGAUAAUCCUACCUACUGCUACUACAGAUUCACUUUUGAGCUGAAGCUACAGUAUUGCUCUCAUAAUGAAUGCACAGACACAAAGGUAUACAGAGAUGGGUCAACUAAAGUUGAGGGGUAACUCCUCUAAUUGUACACAUUAAAGUGUGUUUACAGAUCUUGGGGAGAACUACUGCACAUGUGAAAUUUAAUUUAUGUGAUAAACUGCCUUCAGUGAUCUCACUCACUGGCUCUGCUGCAUUGCGGUUAAUGAAGGCUGCAGGUAUAACAAGCAGUCUGGUCUCCUAUAACACUGAUGGAAUCAUUAUGGGCAGUUAGAAAAAAAUUAUUCAAAUUAAUGCAGCAGAACCAGAGCAAUCAGAUUUUUAUUCCACACGUUCUUCUUCCUUUUCCACACUUGGUGCCAACAUUACCCACAGACGUCACUGGAGGUAAAUUAUCAGAUUACAUGCAGCUUCCUUCUGGAGCCACAAAAGACUUUAUACCAAUUUUUUUCACAUAUGCAGUAGUACUGCCCAAGACCCAUAAACACACUUUAAUGUGUAAAAUUGGUGGAGUUACCCUUUAAAGACCACUGAUUUAACACAUCAAAUUCAUUAUAUUAGCAAUUAGAUGUACUACUCUGCACUUGAAAGUUGCUGCAAAGCCUUCUGUGGCUCUGACAUCAAGUCUGAGAAAACUGUUUGGGUGUUAAGACCAGUGAGAGAAGAGACUGUCUGAAAUCAACAAAGGUUCCUGCCCUUCUCCAAACAGUUUCUAUUGCUGUGUUCCAGUAGAUGUCAGAGGCUGGAAAUUUGUAGUUGAAACUUCCAACUUCCGACCUCAAGCAUUUCAAGUGCUUGACACCCAAAGUUGACCAAAAACUUAGCUGACCGUGAGAAAAUUAAGUCUCUUUGGCAAAUGCACACAACACAAAAUUGAACCCUCAGCAGUGCAGCCUCAUUCCAUGUAUUAAUGAAAUGCAGGAGGGAAACAACACAUUAUCCAUUUCAUUUUAUGGCACUUUUAUUCUCGAAAAUGUAUCUAAAUAUUAAUAAUAUUAAUUAAUACUCUCUAGCUGCUCUCUCGGGAUAGGUGAUGCCAUUGUUGUUUGACAUCAGAUAUCUGCUCUACCAUGAAGUUGGGGUGUAUGGACGUGCCCCCAGUAAACACAUAGGAAUUCCCACAUCAAGCAAUGUAUUAUUCUAGUAGAUGAGAAUUUUACAGUUUUCGAGUUGUCUAGAACACAGCAUGAGGGAGAUCUCCUGAUGGCUCUGUGUGACAAACUAUCUUAUGUGUCAGGUUAGUAAAUUACUAAUUCUAACAAAAAGAUGUUGAUAUCAGUUGCACAAUGGAAAAUGUAGGAUACAGUGUUUUCUUUAUUCAUACUAAUGACUAAAGUUCAGGAUAUCUCUGUCUCUUCGACUCCAAUUAUGACUCUGUUAUAGACCCCUAUUUCAGCUAAUGUUUUCCCAGUUGGUUCUGUUUAUUAUGGUCUAUGGAAGUAUUUCUCUGAUAAAUUUUCACCCUGGGCUGUGAACGCCUCAGUAAAUGCAGUAUAGCUGAUUAACAAGAUGCACAUUGUUGCCUACAGCACACAGUGGUUCUAAGCCUCUGCAGGAGAAAAGAGCAGAACUGUCAGUUGUCCAUGUGGCUUUUAUUUGGUCUGUGCCUUCAGAAAGGUUUGCUUGGUUCCAUAGGGCUGAGACAUAGUUUGGUAUCUGUUCUUUUCAAGACUGGAACCAUGAUCCAAAGUAAUACAGUGGAGCCAAGUAAUCCAGAUUGAGAAAACAGUAGUAUGCUUUCAAAAAAUGUAUUUUGGUCUGAUUCUCUUUAUGAUAGGUUAUAUUAUAUUUUUGUAAUCUAAUGACAUGAUCCCUAUAAAGAAAGAUAAUAAUAAUUAGUAGAGAAAUGUAGGAGUUUAGUGAUAAGAUGUCUGAGUAAUUUAACACUGAAGUGUCUGGAUUCAAGGAUGACGUGUCGGUGAGAAUACUGUGUUAUUUAAUGCUGUCUAAAUCAAACUAUGUUUUGUUUUUUUGUGAAUGCGAACUGAUCAAAUAUUAUAUAUCUUGUACAGAAAAAGCUGCACAUAGAUUUAUAGAGAUGUGUAUAUACAAUAAAUGGUGAGAAAUUAGAGAACUUUGUUUAACACUAUUAUGUAACCCCUUUGUGGCUGAUUUACCUGAAACAUCCCUUAUGUGUUUCCCAUCCCACAUCCUAUCACCGCUGUCCCCCCACAAAAAGUAUCAUUCAGAACAAGUCACUUAUUCCUGCAUUGGUUCUUGCAAUCCUUUCUUUUUUAAAAUGGCACAAUGAGUGAAAUACUUCCAGAUAUUCCCAGAACAGCUUUCCUGAAGACAU